AUGUGUCACAGCGAGAAGCUCCUCCCAGCCUCCUGUCUGCGUGUGGGCCUGAAAAUCAUCCAGGGAGAGGGGGGAGACAGAAGGGGGAAACAGAAGGAGGAGACAGAGUGGGGAGACAGAAGAGGGGAGACAGAGUGGGGAGACAGAAGGGGGAGACAGAAGAGGGGAGACAGAAGGAGGAGACAGAGUGGGGAGACAGAAGAGGGGAGACAGAGUGGGGAGACAGAAGGGGGAGACAGAAGAGGGGAGACAGAAGGAGGAGACAGAGUGGGGAGACAGAAGAGGGGAGACAGAAGGAGGAGACUGAGUGGAGAGACAGAGAGGGGGACAGAGUGGGGGGCAGAAGGCACUCUUGGGUCACUGAUUCUAAUGGCCUUCAGAAUUGACUUGAUAAAAAAAAAAAAGGACAGCGAGUAA